CUUCAUCAGUUAAUCCUGUCACAAAUAAUGACAAUACUAAUAAUGAUCUUUUUUUUGAAGAAUUUGAAGAAGAAUUCUUACAAAUUAGCAUUGAGGCGAUAGAUUUUCCUAUGAAUGGAGAUUCAGUAUUAGAAAGUUUUUUUGAUAUCAGUGUUUUUGAACAAAUCCAAAAACGAAGUGAAGAAAAUUUACCUGUUUCUUCACAAAUGUCUCCCAGUACUGAAG